AUGGCCACCCUCAACUGGACUCCGGAUUCUUGGCGAAGCAAGCCUAUCGCUCAGGAUGUCAUCUAUGACGACACCGAGCACCUUGACAAAGUUUUGAAAAAGCUCAGACAGCUCCCACCUUUGGUCACCCCGAACGAGAUUGACCGGUUGAGAACUCAGCUAGCGGAUGUAGCUCAGGGUAAAGCCUUUCUGCUUCAGGGUGGUGACUGUGCCGAGCUCUUUGAGGCUUGUUCGCAGGAUCCUAUCGAGCACAAGCUUUCUCUUAUCCUCUUGAUGUCCCUGAUCAUCCUGCAUGGAUCCCGUCUCCCCGUCAUCCGUAUCGCACGAAUCGCCGGUCAAUACGCUAAACCUCGAAGCAAGCCUACCGAAGUGGUGGAUUAUCCUACUGCAGAUGGAAAGACCGAGAAGAAGGAAGUCAUGAGCUUCAGAGGGGAUAAUGUCAACGGAUUCGACGUUACCGACAGGAAGGCCGAUCCAGAGAGGCUUCUAGGGGCCUACUUCCACUCGGCUUCUACCCUCAACUACAUUCGAGCGCUAUUGUCGUCUGGUUUCGCCGACCUGCAUCAACCUCGAAACUGGUCCUUUUCCCACGUCCAUUCGCCUCAGCUGCAAAAGGCUUUCGAGGAGGUCAUUGAUAGCUUGAUGGACAGCCUUGACUUUAUGAGAUCUGCGACCGGAGGUUCGAAUCCAGGUGGUAGCCGAGGAGGUACGGAGACUGUAGACUUUUACACGAGUCACGAAGGUCUUUCGCUGGAAUACGAAGAAGCGCUGACUCGAGGUCCCCGCACCGACGUUCGGCCCGAGUCAUCUGGGUCGCUCUCGAGGUCAAACUCGCUACUUCCCCGAAAUCGCCGAAGUUCUGCGAACGCACGAUCAGAUGCCAGCAGCUCCCCCAAAAAGUUUUACAACCUGUCCUCACAUUUCAUCUGGAUCGGAGAUCGAACGCGACAGCUCGAUGGCGCUCAUGUCGAAUACUUUAGGGGAAUCCAGAACCCGAUCGGGAUCAAGAUUGGGCCGACCAUGAAGCCAGAAGAAUUGGUUCAGCUGCUUGACGUGGUCAACCCGGACAACAUACCCGGCAAGGUCACCUUGAUCAGCAGAUACGGAGCGGACAAGAUCGAAAAGUUCCUGCCCGCUCAUAUCGAGGCUGUCAAGGCGACCAGGCACAUCGUCGUCUGGCAGUGCGAUGCGAUGCACGGAAACACGAAAUCGUCAGAAACGGAUCCUUCGUUAAAGACUCGUCAUUUUGUGGACAUCAUCCAAGAGAUAUCCACGUCGAUGCGUAUUCACAAGGAACAAGGAACAAUCCUCGGCGGUGUUCAUCUCGAACUAACCGGAGAGGUCAAUGAUGACGGCUUCAGCGUGACCGAAUGUAUCGGAGGUUCGAUGGAGUUAGAAGACAAGGAUCUGUCCUUCAACUACAGAUCACACUGCGACCCCAGGUUGAAUUAUGAGCAAUCUCUUGACGUAGCGUUCCUGGUCGCUGACAACCUCAAGGCCAAGCGAAGAGGCACGGAGCCCAAAGAUAUUCUGCUAGCAGAGCUGCGGGGACGAAGCUCGACAAGAGCUUGA